AUGGAAUUUUAUAUUACAUUUUGUGAACAAUACAUCUCAAUGACUAUUGCAUCAAAUGAUUUAUUUACAACUUGGAUAUCAAUUGACUGUUUAGUUGAUCAUUGCACAAUAUUGAUCAAUUUUUCGACAUUUAUAACAGGAAGUUAUCAGUUUACAUUUGGAUUUUUAUAUUUUGCUAGACUUACAAAGAUUCCUGAAUCAUUAGUGUUACUAAGAAUUAUAAAUCAAGAGCGUUCCAUACGUUCAGUGAAUUUAAUAUUUAAACUACUGGCUGCAUGGACUGUUAUAUCUGGUGUUGUACUUAUUCUUGAACAUGUGGGCGAUUUUUGGAUCACUAACAACAGUUACAGACAGCUUUAUUACUUGGACUGUUUGUACAUGAUUCUUGUAACCCUGGCUACAGUCGGUUAUGGAGAUGUUGUAUGCACAAGUUACUUGGGACGAAUUUUCAUUAUAUUCGUUAUUAUUGGAGCACUUAUAUCGGUAACAACACAUAUGUCUGAACUCAGUGAACUCUUUCAACAAAAUAAUCAGUAUCAAAGAACUAUUUAUAGUGAAGUUAACCCUAAGCAUAUAGUUGUAUGCGGAUCUGUCAAUUACAAGACAAUUUCAGUAUUUUUCAAUGAAUAUGUAAAUGCUGAUAAAGGUUAUUAUGAUGAAAAUAUGAUGAUUGUAAUUUUAUCGGAAAAUGAUCCUGACAUUCGUUUGAAAGCGCUACUUCAAAGAGAAAGUACUACGAUUGCAUUUUUGAAAGGUUCUGUAACCUUACCAGAAGAUUUGGAUAGAGCAAAAGUGAGAACUGCAGAAGCUGUUAUUAUCCUUUCAGAUGAGCGCAGUCAAACACCUGAUGAUGAUGACUGGAAAAAUCUAAUGUGUGUCGUUUCCAUUAAAAAUUUAAAUCCAAAAAUUCGUAUAAUCUGUGAACUCAUGUUAUUGGAAAGUAAGGGAUGGAUGUCCAAUAUACCUGGAUGGAAUGAAUAUGAAAGUGAUCAAUUUGAUAAAGCAAUCUGUAUGCCACAGAUGAAGUUAGGUUUACUAGCACUGAAUUGUAUAUCAAAUGGUAUAUCAACUCUGCUGUGUAAUUUUAUUAUGCGUGAUUCAGUGCCAACAAGUUCAGUCAGAAAAAGUUUGCCCCGUUGGGUGAAUGAAUACUUCCAAGGUACAAGGUAUAAGUUAUACACAGUAAAAUUCUCUCAUGUUUUCAAUGGAAUGAUGUUUCAACAAUUAGUUGGAUUAGCCAUGGAACUUUGGGGUAUACUUCUUUUGGCUGUACAGAUUUUUACCUAUACGGAUAAAAAAACUCAAAUGAUUAUCAACCCAGGAGGUAGAAUACGCAUUAAUCCCUUCCGAAUGCGUGCAGUUGUUCUAGCGAAGAAUUUAAUAGAAGCACAACGCCUAAGAACUUUCACUAUGGAUGGUCAACUAAUGUUUGACAAUCUUGGUCAAAUUAUAUUCCCACUGCCAACACAGAAUCAAGAUAGUGGCUAUGAACAACCGAAAACGCUACCACCAAUGGAACACAGCUUGCUAAACGAGCUAAAGCCUGUUUGA